AACUGCGUGCGACAUCUGCAAAGGAGACAGCGAUGAAUUCGGAGAUAAGAGUUCGCUGCAACGGCGGUCGUCCCGAUGCCCAUGGUAGAGCGACGGCUUCCUCCAUCAGCUGAAGCCUCGCAAGACUAGUAAACACCGGAGAGAGUCCGUCCGACAGUUUGAAGAAGCUGCCGGGAAAUCAUGGAAAGCGCAGGUGCAGAAUCCGCUUCUCUGCCGCUGCACCCGGCCCUCGUCCCCCUCUCCCACCUCUUGGGUCGCUGGCGAGGCGAGGGCGAGGGCGGCUUCCCCACCAUCAACUCCUUCCGCUACGGCGAGGAGCUCCUCUUCUCCCACUCCGGAAAGCCGGUGAUAGCGUACAGCCAGAAGACGUGGAAGCUGCCGUCGGGGGAGCCGAUGCACGCGGAGAGCGGCUACUGGCGCCCCAAACCCGACGGCUCCCUCGAAGUCGUCCUCGCGCAAAGCACCGGCAUCGUCGAGGUCCAGAAAGGCUCCUAUGAUGCUGCCAAUAAAAUUGUAACACUUCAAAGCGAGCUUGUUGGAAAUGCAUCAAAGGUGAAGGAAAUCACAAGAAAUUUUAAAGUGGUUGAUGGAGAACUAUCUUAUGUGGUUCAGAUGGCUACUACUAUGACAAGCCUGCAGCCGCAUCUCAAGGCCUUGCUCAGGAAGAUCUGAUUUAUCCUAUCGAAUUUACGGAUAAUGUUUUGUGUGAAAGAACACACACAUUUACCUGAAUAUCAGAUGGCCACAGUUUCUUAAUCCAAGAUUAUGAUCUUUUACUAGAAAGAAAAAUGUCUGAAGCAGUGCUGUAUUUUUUUUCUUUUUUUCUUUUUUUCUUACAUUUCCUAAUGGGAAUAUGCUGAUAAUAUUAUUGGUAAACUAAGUAUCAACCUUACCUGAACUGUAGCACAACAUGAAAUAGGUAGCUGAACUUUAAGGCUUUAUUUGUAAUGUUGCCAUUUUAUACUUUAAUAAAUGAAAAUUUUAUGUAA